AUGAAGACGUUGCUUGCUCCACAACGCAGGCGAAAGGCUGUUUCACUUAACAUCCCAUCGCAUCCUUUUGCACUUUUGGCCAAAGAAGGAGUAAUCAUUCCUUCAUUGACAGAAAUCAUUUUGGACGCGUUUGGCCGCUUUGAGGAGAACUUCACUGCACUCUCGGCUUCACAACUCCCACACCCACUUCCUCCUUUAUUGGCUUCACGACUUUUACAAGUCGUUGCGAACAACCCAACAGCGUCUGACAUGGAUUUGAAUAUUAUUAUGUAUAGACUUUUGGCUGCUGGUACGGGACAAACCGCUUUAGACAUUCAUGGCACACAUUUAUUAACAAGACCAACGUGUUUAAACAUUUUUCAAUUGUCGAUGACACUCAAUAUAACCACACUCGAUAUUAGUCAGGCAAGGGGUUGUACGUCCGACGACUUGUCUUUGCUGUGCAAAAAUCUGAAGAAUUUGAAAUACCUCAACACAUCGGGAUGUCUGGCGUUUGACGAUUACUGCCUUGCCUCCGUCUUACAAUUAAGACCGCCACUCGAAACUAUUAAUAUUAGUAGUUGUCCGAGAAUAACAGAUUACUCCUUGCAAUGUAUCGCUAACAUUCAAACACUCCGAAUCUUCAAGGCUAACAAUACUGCUUUGACAUUUGUUGGUCUGAAGUUCUUAAACGGACUUUUCGAAUUGGAACUCCUCAAUUGUAAAUACUUGACAGAUCAAUGCCUCGACUUUCUCUCGAGAAGUAAUCCACAACUUCGAUCGCUUGCAAUCUCUGGUCCUAAAAUCACAGACAAGGCAAUUCAAGUGUUCUUGCAACGAACACCAAAUCUCAAUUUUCUUAAUUUGACAAAUUGCGUGAACGCCGGGGUCUUCACGUUGUCGCAACUCUUCCACUCGAGAUUCAAAUUAAUAAGUUUGAAUCUUUCCAAUUGUUUCAGUGUAUCUGCCGAUGACCUUAUGCGGGCAUACAAUCAGUUAUAUGCGUCUACUCUAUUUUCUUGGUUAGUCGACUUGAGGUAUCUCAACUUGUGUGGGUGUACCAGAAUAACACCAGCAUUUUUAUCUACACUUCUUCAAAACACGCCCAAACUGAAGACUUUGAUACUCGACGCAGUCACCAUGGACGAGACUUCAAUGCAAAUGUUCUUACAAUCAUCGACUGUGGCGGCAGAUGUCACACGACGGUCUGUGGCUCGAAGUGGUGCUAAAAUAUCGCCACUCACUAUUUCAUUCAGCCACUGUAAUAUAUCAACACAAUGUUUUGUCAACUUGUUCAGCGUCAGGGGGUGCGAUUUGAUAUCACUGAAUGUAAACUGCUGUCCAACUCUGAACGAACUUGCCAUGAGUGUCUUAGGCGAUUGCGCCCAUUCGUUGACACAUUUCUAUUGUCAGAAUAACAGUGGCUUAACGGAGACUGCGCUGAUACAAUUCAUUUACAGGUCACCACGACUUCGGGUGUUAUUCUUAAACGGAACGUCUGCGGUGACAAAUCGAGUGAUAUUAGCUGUAAGAGACUCGUGCUUAAAUAUUUCCCAUUUUAAUAUCAGCGAGUGCGAGAACAUUACACCGGAGAGCGCCGUUGUUUUGUCGUCAAUGCGAUCGUUGCAAUACCUCGAUAUAUCAUUCACAAAAUUCACACCAGAAACCAUCAAACCAGUUGUAAAUUCAUUGCCAAGAAUCACAUACUUCAGCAUGCAAGGUGUCACAUACAAACAAUCCGAUUUGUUCUUACAGGAGGCACAAUGGAUGAACGUGAUGAGACUUAAUUUCUCGCAAUGCUCAGACGCACUUCUGGAAAACAUCUCAAACAACUGUCCUUUACUUACUACACUCGAACUGAGAAUGUGCUCCUUAGUCACCGACUCGGGAAUUAAAACACUCAUCCAAAAAUGUACAAAACUCAUCACUGUUGUGCUCUUGGGGACGUCAGUGUCACCACAAAUCCUCGGGUUUUUAUCAUCUAGAGGAGUUGCCGUUCAAUAA